UGCAAUCCUAUCAUUGAUACUUGAAGGGUGACGUAAACAGUCAGACACCUUUAGUGCUUAACUUCAGCUUGAAGCCGAAAUAUGCAAACAUUUGUGCUGUUUUUUGCACUGGUGGAAGUUUUUGCAGGAUUGCAAAUUCUGCACGAAAAACCUAAAUAUUUCACAGACACACAACCCAACGACUAUUAUCACCGGAAAACGUUAGCAGACUGCCCGAAGCGUUUUUAUGGUGAACCUGCUGAGAAACAUUACUUGUCUACCCGCGGUGGAGUAAGGAGUUUUACAGGAGAAUUUCCACACAUGGUAGCUAUUGGAUGGACAACAGACAAAGGUGUAACAUAUGCAUGUGGAGGAACACUGAUAACACCAAACUUUGUAUUAACAGCAGCGCACUGCGCAUAUUUUGGAGCAAAGAAUCCGGACACUGUUCGCCUUGGAGAUACUAACCUUAAUAACAAAGCCGACGACUAUUCAGCACAGCAGAUCACAAUCCGGAACUUCAAAACACAUCCAGAAUAUAAACGAAGCAAAAAAUAUUACGAUAUUGCAUUGAUUGAACUUGAAAAACCAGCUGAGUAUUCUGGAGCCGUUUGUAGUGCCUGUUUGUGGUUGGAAAAAGAUGUUCCUUCGGAAGAAUUAAGUGCCAUGGGUUUCGGUGCAACGGGAUUUGCUGAAGAUUUGAGCCCCAAAUUGCAGAAAGUUAAGUUGGCCACUAUUAAUAAAACAGAAUGUAUGGAUCGCAUAUCUUUCCGUGAGAAUGAGCUUCGCGAAGAUCAGUUUUGUGCGGGCGGUGGAACCAUGGAUACGUGUGAGGGAGACUCCGGUGGACCGAUUCAGACCGAAAAGCUCGAUGCACGCAGUUCACUAAUCCCAUUGGUAGUCGGUGUCGUUUCUUUCGGAACCCCAUGCGCCGAAGGAUCUGCUGGAGUGUACACCCGGGUAGCUUCUUAUCGCCGUUGGAUUGAAAGUGAAACGAAGCAAUCUUUUGAAUAUCUAGACUGCUUGCGCACUUCGAAAUGUUUUCACAGGAAAACCGUGCUAAAUGGCAUAGCACUCCCCCCUUAUUUUUACCCAGUUCAUAGGAUUUCCAUUCGGUGGUUUGAAAGAAUGCAUUCUCAAUACCGUUGUGGAGCUACGCUGAUCGAUUACAGAUUUGCAGUCACAUCUGCUUCGUGUAUCAGUGGAAACCCCUCACCUGGCUACAUCGAGUCAUCACUAAGUUCCGAAAUAGUACGAAUUGAGGAUGUUUAUAUUCACCCAGAAUACAGCAACGGAACUAAGCCGGAAAACGACAUAGCCUUAGUCAAACUGGCUAAGUAUCUGAUGAAUGUUUCUGGCAAUGGUUUGGCCUUACUACCAGCUUGCCUCUGGCGAGAGUCCGAGUUCGACAGCGACAUGUUGUAUUUCUCGGCUUACAAUAAUGAGAUUAACCUUCAAGACAGUGCUGAAGAAAGUUAUGGCGGGCAAAUCAACAUUGAAGUAGACAUCAUCAACAAAGGACGAUGCAUUGACCCACUGCAGCAGCAAUAUAAUCUUCUUUGUGCCAGCAAUAAUAUUCCGCUAAUUCCAUCGGUUUGUAAGUUGAAUUACGGAGGGCCAAUUUCAAAACGUAUGGACUACCCUUUAAACAUGUGGUAUCUCUAUGGCGUGGUAUCGAAUCUAAGUACAGGGUGCGACGUUGAUUUAAUUGGAACCAGAAUUUCUCCGCACAUAGGUUGGAUUGAAAGUAUCGUCCUAGAUUCCACCAACGGAGGGAUAGUGUUUCCAUAGUGGUAGAGCAUGAUAUACAGUGAUGGCGAAAAUAAUUGCAGUGUUGGUUAAUUCUCCAUAUUUGCGUGUUCGUUAUUUUUCCAUAUUUGCGCACUGAUUUUAGUUGUUGUAUGAUGUUAUGUUACGUCAAUACGAUCUGCAGACACUCUUUUUGAAAAAGGAACGGAGAAGUAACUGGAGUUGUCUGUAUCAGUGAUUCCGAAAGUUUUUUGCGUGAGUUAGUGUUUUUAAGGCUGCGAAAAAUAAUACACUAUUCAAAUAUA